AUGGUGCCUCAGCAGAUGGGCUCCCCCGAUGAGGGGCUUCAGCGACGACGGUCAGCACCUGGUUUUGGCAGCAAGUCACAACGUGGGAGUAGAGGCAACUAUGGCUAUCGAUCGAAAAAAGGCGGUCAGAGUCAUGCAUCUUUCCACCAAAUGAACCCUCCAUUUCCACAGGAUCAACCGCCGCCGUCAUGCUAUACCUGUGGGUCUUUCGACCACAUGGUGCAGCAUUGCCCGGAAUACCAACAUGAAACAUCACCUGGCUUUCACAAGCAUCCCCGUCCGGCCAAAAGACAGAGAACAGCUGAAGGGCCUAGACAUCAAUAUCGGGAUGAGUUUCCGCCGAGCCAACGAGGACCACCUCAUCGCUCGUUCUCUCACCCGUCACAUUCCUACGGCUACUAUGAUUACCCAGGACCAGCUUCUCCCGAGCAAGAAGAAUGGCACCACAGACCCCCAUAUGGUUACCCGCCAUAUGACCACCAUGGCCCUCCACCAGCGGCUGGAUAUGAUUAUGAUUCCCAUGGCCCUAUGCCACCAUACCACUAUAAUGAUGCUCCUCCCCCAGGUUACCACUCCCGCCGCGCUCCUCGACGUCGAGAGAGCGAUUAUCCUGAAUAUCCAGUGGAAGGACCACCUCCGUCUUCGUGGGAUGGCCCACCGCGUGGCAGCCAGUCAUGGCGAGGGAAAGGCCGCAAAGGCAGAGAUGGUCAUGGGCCCCCACGUCGGCCGGACAGCCACGUUGAAGGAUUUUAUGACCUUGACACCACGGACAGUGCGCAGAAUGCCUGGAGAUCGCCUCACGCAGUUGGUCGACCACUUCCAUCGGUAUUCAGUGACCUGGAUGAUAUUUGCAAAUUGCCUCCACAUACUUCCUUACCACCAGGAAUGUCUGUUUCAAAGUACUUCCUAAACAAGGGAGCUGAUGAAUUUAACGAAAAUAUCCGAAAUACAGAGGACUGGCCCUUCAUGAUGGGAGACCCAAUUUUCUCCGAGUUCCCCUCAGAUGGAGAGACAGUUCCUAUCAAAGAUCUUAUCACUCGCCAGAAAGAGAUGAUGGCGGCUCACAAAUAUGUUCCAAGCAAACCUGCCCUUGAAGAUACAACUUAUGAUAGCGAGCAGGUAGAUGAACCUGAGAUACCAGAAGAUGCAAGUUACGCCGGUUCCGAAGAACAAGCCCAGGCCAAUGGCGCCGAAACCCCAGAAGAGGAAAACGGUAGUUACACCGGCUCCGAACAAGGUCGGGACGAUGACCGUGAUUAUCAUCAGCGCCAGCCUAGCCAGACCUGGAACACCGAGGACAAUACCAACACCCCAUUGUCCACUACACCUGGAAACAACGAUAGUGAUGAACGUCCACAAACCCCACAAAGAUACUCCAAACCCCAAAGUUUCCACGGGGCAUACCACAGAAAGCGCGCGAGGGAAGAGUCCUUGGAACUACCUGACGACGAAAUCCAGCGUCAAGUAGAUGAUGUUGCUCCAAGACUCGAGCGUCGUCAUCCGCGUGUCGCAGAAGCUUACAGUCGGCGCUGGUAA